AUCCUAUCUGCAUUUGCUUUCUCUGUAACCAAAAAAAUAAAAACUUCUGCCACCUACAAAAAUUAGUCGGAGAUGGCGACUUAUGCAGCUGUGGUUUCUCUUAUGCAAACCAUCCAUCUAAUCGAGCAUCAUCCUUUCCCUCCAAUUUCUAUGGACAAACAACAAGUUGAAUCUCUUACUGACAUUGUUAUGUUCUUGCAGGAAUUUCUUGAAGGUUAUAAGUCCCCUGUUGCAGACGGCGAUGAAGCUGAUCCAUUGGAGACGCUGAUCGCAAAUGCAGCUCAUGCGGCUGAAGAUGCUAUCGAAUCUCAUAUCACGGAUGAAAGUCUUCCUGUUGCCUCUGGAGAUAAAAGGGAAGAUGCUGUGGAAUCUCAUAUUGCGGAUCAAAUUGAUGGUCCAAAAAUCACUUCCCCAGACUUUUAUGAAAGCAUGCAGAAGGUGAUUCAAGACAUGGAUUUGAUCAGAAAAGAAGUGACGGUGAUCGUUGCAGAGGCGGCAGUCCACUCCUAGUUGCAGAGACAAAUCUCAGCAUUUUCCCUGACGAACAAUUCUUCGACAUCUUCUCUCUCUAGGAUGAACAGAACCAUGAUGGGCUUUGAUGAUGCCAUGCUUCAACUCAUGGAUAAGCUCACUGAUGGACAACCCCAUCGCCAAGUCAUUCCAACUGUAGGGAUGGGAGGAAUUGGUAUUCGUAGAUCAACAUUCUUUCUUCUCCUUCAAUGCAGCACCCCAAAAGCCUGACGAGGUUUCUAUGUUGAAGUUUCGCGAUCAAGAUAACUUCAUUCUUGAACUCUUUGAUGCCUUGUUGCGAAGUCCUUGACAAUCUUUUGACGGCUAUUUCUCCUUCUGCAGACAAAAUCCCCUGUUCGUGCACGUUAAGGUUCGAGUCAGAAUGCCAAACUAGUGUGUUGAUAUUCUGCUAGGAACUCUCUCAUGUUCUUCGUUACCUUGUAUACGGGGCCAAAACCUCCUUCUCCAAUCAUGUUUUCCCAGGAGAAGUUGUUUGUUGCCGCCACAAUAGUUUCCAACUUGAAUAUUUUCAGUUCUAUAUCUUCAUCAUCACUUUUAGAUGCUGUAAGGGAGCAAACAUGAAGCGUUAGUGCCUCAGAAUUGUUAAGAAACUCUAUAUAGACCACAACAAAA